AUGCCAGUCAACGUGACAACCACGUCGAUGCCAGUCAACCUGACAACAGUAGCCACAGCAUCGAUGCCAGUCAACGUGAGCACAACAUCCAUGCCAAUCAACGUGACAACCACCUCUAUGCCAGUCAACCUGACAACAGCAGCCACAGCGUCAAUGCCAGUCAACGUGAGCACAACAUCCAUGCCAGUCAGCGCGACCACCACCUCUGUCCAUCCCCACUCCUCUCCUGCAACAACAAUGCACCCUCCGUCAUCCUCAGCAACAACAACAACUUCAACCACCACCACGACAACAACAACAACAACAACAACAACAACAACAACAACAACAACAACAACAACAACAACAACAACAACAACAACAACAACAACAACAUCUUCGUCUACCUCCACCUCGACGUCCACAUCCACCUCGACUGGCGCUGGGUCCUCGUUCCCGGCACAGUCAUCCACCAACACGGCACCACCUGUAUCUGGCAGCACAACACCAGCAGCCACGACGACAACAACGAGUGGGGGCCGUGGGUCGACUGCUGGUAGCGGGUCGAGCAAACCAAAGGGGUGGGAGGCAGCCGUUGGCGUGCUGGUUACGCUGCUGGUGGUCGUUGUUAUCGGCGCGUAUCUGUAUGUGAAACGGAGUGCGAAGAGGGGCGGUGCUGAUCAGGUCAACUACUCGUUUGACAACCCUUUGUACGAGGAAGACAUCAACGUGUAA